AUGCUAUUUAAUCAAAUCUUUGCAUUCUUUUUAAUAUUAAUUGCAACAGUUUACUCUUGCCCAUCAUCAUUUAAUGUCAAAUCAAAUGAAACAUCAGUUUCUUUUCAAACGUCAGAAACACUUCUUGUUGUUUUAUCCAAGUCUUCAUUUAAAUUAACUGUCAUUGAUCUAAUAACACAAAAAGUACAAUUAGAGAGUGAUAUAAAUCUUGGAUCUGGUUUAUGGAGAGGUGCAUAUGAAACACUCUAUUUUGGUUAUAUGUUUCGUGUUGGAAUUGAGGAGAAAUAUCAGUUGGCUAACUCAUUACAGACGUUUGAUUGCUAUUCAAAUAAUUCAAUAUCAUUUAUAUAUCAGUCGGAGAAUCGAGUAUUUAAUUUAACAUUUUCAUCAAUCAGUGAACGUAGUUUACACUUACAUAUUGAAGUGAAUCUAAAUGAAUAUGACACUAAGCCAUAUAAUUAUGUAUUUCCAUUCAUUUCAAUAUCAUUCAAAACCAUUGAUAGAUUAGACUCAAUGAAAACUAUGGACUAUGAAGAUUUCUAUGGUUUUGGACAAUAUUGGGGUUUCACUCGUUAUCGUGGUCAAAAACUCUAUUGUUGGAGUGAAGAUGGUAGUUGGUCAUUCCUUAACAUAUCGAGAAGACUUCCACAAGCAAAUGCUAGCUAUAUACCAAUGCCAUUAUUUAUCUCAAAUCGUGGUUAUGCCGUUUACGUUAAUGAAACAAGACGUGUUAAUUUUGAAUUAGGAUUAUUUCCUGAACAAAUAAAAACUGAUCAUGAUUCAUGGACUAUAACAACAGAAUGGAACUCAACUAAUAUACAAUUUUAUUUUCCAAACACUAAUUUCA